AUGGCUACUGGACAAAGGGAAACAAGGGUUCAAGUGUCGGUGACAUUCAAGGAUAUAGCUGUGCUCUUUACUCGGGCUGAGUGGAGAACGCUGGAUCCUUCUCAGAGGAACUUGUAUCGGGAUGUGAUGCUGGAGAACUACAGCAAUCUGGUCUCAUUGGGACCCCCAUUUUCCAAGCCAAAAGUGAUCUCCCUGUUGCAGCAAGGAGAAGAUCCCUGGAAAGUAGAGAAAGAAAAUCUUGGAGGCUCCUCUCUGGGCUGGAAGAACUGUCAAAAAAUCACAAAGUCAACUCAAACACAAGAUUCAUCAUUUCAGCAACUGAUAAUAAAAAGAUCCAAAAGGAAUGGCCCAAGGGACUUUACAUCAGAAAGACCCUGCACAUAUGAAGACAGGUUAAAGAAACAGCCUAAUAAAAAGGAAAGUUUUCAGUUAAUUUCAGUCACUCACAAAAAAAUCCUAGAAAGAAUCCAUAAAAAUACUGAAUUUGGCCAGAACUUCAACCUGAACUUGGACCUUGUUAGGCAACAUACUGUAAAUAAAGAAAAAUCACCCUCAAAAUGUGAAAAGCAAGGAAAUAGCUACAAACAGAAUUCAGACUCGCUUAACCAACCAAAAGUCAAUACAGCAGAGAAACGCUAUAAAUGUAAUAUAUGUGAGAAAACCUUCACUAAUAAUUCAUCCCUUCGUAAACAUCUGAAAAACCAUACUGGAGAAAAAUUAUUUAAAUGUAAAGAAUGUUCAAAAGCCUUCAGCCAAAGUUCAGCUCUAAUUCAACAUCAAAUAACUCAUACUGGAGAGAAACCGUAUGUAUGUAAAGACUGUGGGAAAGCAUUCACUCUUAGUACAUCCCUUUAUAAACACCUAAGAACCCAUACUGUGGAGAAAUCUUACAGAUGUAAAGAAUGUGGUAAAUCUUUCAGCCGAAGAUCAGGCCUUUUUAUACAUCAAAAAAUCCAUGCUCAAGAAAAUCCCUGUAAAUAUAAUCCAGGUCGGAAGUCAUCACUUCCUGGAUGUCAGCGAAUUCAUCCCAGAAAAAAGUCUUAUUUAUGUAAUGAGUGUGGAAACACCUUUAAGUCUAGCUCAUCUCUUCGUUAUCACCAGAGAAUUCACACUGGAGAGAAACCUUUUAAAUGUAGUGAAUGUGGGAGAGCCUUCAGUCAGAGUGCAUCACUUAUCCAACAUGAGAGAAUUCACACUGGAGAAAAGCCUUAUAGAUGUAAUGAAUGUGGAAAAGGCUUCACUUCUAUUUCACGCCUGAAUAGACAUCGAAUAAUUCAUACUGGUGAGAAGUUUUAUAAUUGUAAUGAAUGUGGUAAAGCCUUAAGUUCCCACUCAACACUUAUUAUUCAUGAGAGAAUUCACACUGGAGAGAAACCAUGUAAAUGUAAAGUAUGUGGAAAAGCUUUCAGACAAAGUUCGGCUCUCAUUCAACAUCAGAGAAUGCAUACUGGAGAAAGACCUUAUAAAUGUAAUGAAUGUGGGAAAACAUUCAGGUGUAACUCAUCCCUUAGUAAUCAUCAGAGAAUUCAUACUGGAGAGAAACCAUAUCGAUGUGAAGAAUGUGGAAUAUCUUUUGGCCAAAGUUCAGCUCUUAUUCAACAUCGGAGAAUUCAUACAGGAGAGAAACCCUUUGAAUGUAAUACAUGUGGGAAAACUUUUAGACAGAGCUCAUCACGAAUUGCACAUCAGAGAAUUCACACUGGAGAGAAACCCUAUGAAUGUAGCACAUGUGGGAAACUUUUCAAUCACAGAUCAUCCCUUACUAAUCAUUAUAAAAUUCAUAUUGAGGAAAACCUGUAG